UAAACGUGUAGUUUUAUAUUAUUAAGUUCUUACUUGUGAAAGCAUUGAAGGUUGCUGAUGUGGUGAGACACGUAGUAUUGUAUGCGACCCACGCAUAUACCAACCAAGUGAGAAUGUGUCUUAUCUCAUCUCUGUACUAACAUAAAAACCUGUUAUUGCAUUUGAGUAUGAGUUCACCAGCAUAUAUGUAUAUAAUUAAAUUUGUGUUAAAAGAUAUAAAAAAUAAGCUGCGAAAAGAGAGGAGGAAGGUAAAAAGUGUAGUAGGGAUACAGAAGAGAAAUGAAGGAAGGGAGAAUCAGAAAGGAGUAGGGUAGUGUAAAAGAGAAAAGUUUCAUGCAUUCUGUCAAUUUUAGUCAGUUGUUGAAUUACAUGAUGCUACUUGUUAAGUAAUAUACGUCAAUAUAGUUUUUAACGGUUGUUAUUAGUAUUUUUACAAUUAUUUACUAAUACACAAAUGAACAAAACUUUACUGUGAAUUAUUAUAUUAUCAAUUUUGAACGUUACUAAGAAUGAUAAAAAAAUUUUUAAAUUAUUUAUUAUUAAUAUUUUUAUUAUAUUAAAUAUUGCAUGUGUGUUACUUAUAUACAUGUGAAUCGAUUAUAAAGUUUAUUAAGCUGCGAUUUUUUUGUACCAAGAGGAAUAGUUUAACAUUCAAUUCAGAUAUAUUUAUAAUUUAUGAAGAGACGCAACAAGUGGUAAAGUGUCAACUUAUUAGGAAGUGGAUUGAAAUAAAAAAUAAAAUGAUGGAUAACAAUGAGCACAGUAUAGUUCGAGUAGAAAAAGAAAUUACCGAUACGAUCGAAACAUCAUCAACAUCGAUAAAAUCAUCGAACAUGGUGAAAGAAGUAAAAGUAAAUCCAGAAUUUGAUAGUCACAUAAAUUAUAUUGAAAUAAUUGGUUCGAAUAAUCAAAUCAUUAAAGAUACUGGAAAAAAAAUAACAAUUAUUGACAAGCCUCCAGAGAUCACAAGUCAAAUAAAUUCAACUAAAACAGAAAAUUAUGAAAAACUUGAUGUAGUUCAUAAAUUACAGCUUCAAUUACACGGUAGUAAUUCAAAUUUUGAACUUUUUGAUAAUGAACAACAACAAUCCUCUAUUCAAUAUACAAUACAUUCAAAAAACUUUGAUGAAUCUUCAUCUUCAUCUUUAAAAACUUCAUUAAUAACUAAAGAACAAGCAAGUAAAGAAUUAUUUAUUGAUCAUUUGAACAAAAAACAAAAUAAAGACAAUUCUAUUAAAUUAGAGAAAAAUGUACAAUUAUUACAAGAAUCAAAGUAUGAACAAACUACAACUCCAGACACUAAAAAAUCUUUAAUACCAAAAGAAUCUAAUUGGAAUGGUGAAUUUGCUUAUGUACAAUCAAUUGAAAAUUCAGAAACUUCUAAUACAACUAAACUAACAUCAAGUUAUGUUGCAACCAAAGCUAAAAAAAUGGAAAUUGUCCACUUUCCCGUUCAAUCUUCUGACUUGACUAACAAUUUAAGUCAGAAAGGUGAUUAUAUUUUUGUAUCUGAUACCGAAAAAAGUAAAACCAAUAAAAAUAAUACUCAAAUUACAAAUAAAAAUAUUGUUAAAUCAGAUAAAGUCAUAUCAACUACAAAAGUUACUUCAAAUAAUAAUGAUAAUCCAAUGAUUUAUGAGAGUCCUGAUACUGUUAAAUGUUUAGGAACGAUUAAAAAAUCAUUUAUAAAUACACAGUCUUAUAAGCCUGGCCAAUCAACAUGGAACGGGAAAUUUAUGUAUGAACAACCGUUAUCUUCUGAUAAAAUUAAAAAAAAAGUGAAUACUAAUGAAAUUUCUGGCACAAAUAUGGAUAACAUUGUUCAAACAUCAUCUCCUAUUGAAAAAUAUACUGAUUUAGAUGAAACUGAUUUUAUACCAAGUAAUAAUUCAAAUUAUUCCAGAGAAUCAGCUGAGAAAAUAUUAACACCAAUUUCUUGGAAUACGAAGAUGACUGAGUCAUCUGAAAUGAAUAAAAUUAUUACAGAGGAUAAAUCAAAAUCAGAUCUUCAUAAAGAAUCCCAUACUAGAUCUGCUAAACCUGAUGCUUCCACUUGGGAUGGAUCUUUUGUUUAUGAACAAAUUUUAGAUUCAAAACUAAAUGAAACAAAAUCAAUUGAUAAUGAUAAAUUAUUAUCAAAUGUAUCUCAUUAUUCAACGGAUAACAAUACACUUUCAAUUGAUCAUAUUAAAAAUACAAGAUUUUGUCAACAAAAAGAUUCACUAGUUGAAACUAAAUUUGACAAUAAAGAAAUAUACCAUAUUAUUGACAAUGAAUCUUCUCAUGCCUCCAAUAUAUUAAACACUAAAAAUUUUUUAGACUCAACAAAAUUAAUUGAUGAACAAAACAAUAUGUUAGAUCGAAAUAACCAAUCAGUUUAUUCAUCAGAAUCUGAAGUUCUAAAUUGGGAUGAGUUUUUUACAAAUAAACAACCUCUAACUCAAAAAACCGCUGUGCUCGAGACAAAAUCUCUACAAGAAAACUUAUCUCAUCAACAAAGUGAAUAUCAAAAAUUAAGUAAUAAAAAUCUUCAAUCAACAUUAAGCAGUAUAGUAAUAAAUGAAGAAAUUAAUCCUGAAACUACACAGGUUUAUAAAAUUAUCCAAAAAUCUCUUGUGACAGAUGAAGCAGCAAAUUUAACUGAUAUCGUUCAAGAAAAUUUUAUUAGUGAGAUUGAAGAUCAUAAGAAAGUGAUAAAAGCUACUGAAUCGUCAAGCGUCAAUUUUGAAGAUAGGAACCAAAUCAAGAAUUUAGAAAAGAAAAAUGUAGCACCGUCAAUAAAACAAGAUAUAACCCAACAAGCCAAGAAUCUAUCAGAUGUGUGGAAGUUACAACAAAAUGUCGAACGUGAAACAAUGGCAAAUAAAUCAAAUAAUCAGGAAAAAAAAAUUACCGAGUUUUCGGGAAAGACGCCAAUGUUAUCUAAGAGACCGAGGGAUCACGUGAUGCCAACGAUAUACAAACAAUCCGAAUGCAAUCAGAAGAUACAAAACAAUGAUGACUCCAUAAUUUCGGAAGAAGAAAUAAGAAGACAACAAGGCACUUCAACCCAUAAUAUUACUUCAGAGAAUAUCGUGACAAAAAGAAUAUUGCAGAACGUAAAACGGGACAAGUCAGAAACGGAGAAUGUAACAAUAGAGAGUAUGCCGAUUCAAGAACAAUGUAUUUGUCAAUUAUGUACUUGUGGACGACAUCACUGUACACACAAAAUAGAGGGUGAUAACAGAGAGAUCAUACAUACCACAAACAAUGAAGAGAAAACAAAAGAGACAAAAAUAACGGACAAAAAAGAAUCGGACAAAAACAGAAACCACAUGGAAAUAUUAGAUGACUACGAUCGCCACAGUAAGGUUAUAGGAGCUCCAGACAAAUUGAAACUAGAGAGAAAUUUCGAUCACUCACACAACGAGCCUGUAGGUCCUGCUGAACGUCGUCAACCGAUCAAACAUGCCGACAAUUUGAAGCCUGAAGGAGAGUUCGAAAAGCGGCCUGAACAGAAAGCUCCAACACGAGGAGAGCGAACUAAGGUGAAAAGACCGCAGGAUAACUUGAAACCAGAAGGUGAUUUUGACCGUCCACACCACGAGCCUGUAGGUCCUGCUGAACGUCGUCAACCGAUCAAACAUGCCGACCAUCUUAAACCCGAAGGAGAGUUCGAAAAGCGGCCUCAACAGAAAGCUCAAACACGAGGUGAACGAGCUGAUGUGAAAAGACCGCAGGAUAACUUAAAACCAGAAGGUGAUUUUGACCGUCCACACCACGAGCCUGUAGGUCCUGCAGAACGUCGUCAACCAAUUAAACAUGCUGACCAUCUUAAACCCGAAGGAGAGUUCGAAAAGCGGCCUGAACAGAAAGCUCCAACACGAGGAGAGCGAGCUGAUGUAAAAAGACCGCAGGAUAACUUGAAGCCUGAAGGUGAUUUUGACCGUCCACACCACGAGCCUGUAGGUCCUGCUGAACGUCGUCAACCGAUCAAACAUGCUGACAAUUUGAAGCCCGAAGGAGAGUUCGAAAAGCGGCCUAAACAGAAAGCUCCAACACGAGGAGAGCGAGCUGAUGUGAAGAGACCGCAGGAUAACUUGAAACCAGAAGGUGAUUUUGACCGUCCACACCACGAGCCUGUAGGUCCUGCUGAACGUCGUCAACCAAUUAAACAUGCUGACCAUCUUAAACCCGAAGGAGAGUUCGAAAAGCGGCCUGAACAGAAAGCUCCAACACGAGGAGAGCGAGCUGAUGUAAAAAGACCGCAGGAUAACUUGAAACCCGAAGGUGAUUUUGACCGUCCACACCACGAGCCUGUAGGUCCUGCUGAACGUCGUCAACCAAUCAAACAUGCUGACCAUCUUAAACCCGAAGGAGGGUUCGAAAAGCGGCCUGAACAGAAAGCUCCAACACGAGGAGAGCGAGCUGAUGUAAAAAGACCGCAGGAUAACUUGAAACCCGAAGGUGAUUUUGACCGUCCACACCACGAGCCUGUAGGUCCUGCUGAACGUCGUCAACCGAUCAAACAUACUGACAAUUUGAAGCCCGAAGGAGAGUUCGAAAAGCGGCCUGAAAAGAAAGCUCCAACACGAGGAGAGCGAGCUGAUGUAAAAAGACCGCAGGAUAACUUGAAACCAGAAGGUGAUUUUGACCGUCCACACCACGAGCCUGUAGGUCCUGCUGAACGUCGUCAACCAAUCAAACAUGCUGACCAUCUUAAACCCGAAGGAGAGUUCGAAAAGCGGCCUGAACAGAAAGCUCCAACACGAGGAGAGCGAGCUGAUGUAAAAAGACCGCAGGAUAACUUGAAACCAGAAGGUGAUUUUGACCGUCCACACCACGAGCCUGUAGGUCCUGCUGAACGUCGUCAACCGAUCAAACAUGCUGACAAUUUGAAGCCCGAAGGAGAGUUCGAAAAGCGGCCUGAACAGAAAGCUCCAACACGAGGAGAGCGAGCUAAUGUGAAAAGACCGCAGGAUAACUUGAAACCAGAAGGUGAUUUUGACCGUCCACACCACGAGCCUGUAGGUCCUGCUGAACGUCGUCAACCGAUCAAACAUGCCGACAAUUUGAAGCCCGAAGGAGAGUUCGAAAAGCGGCCUGAACAGAAAGCUCCAACACGAGGAGAGCGAGCUGAUGUAAAGAGACCGCAGGAUAACUUGAAACCCGAAGGUGAUUUUGACCGUCCACACCACGAGCCUGUAGGUCCUGCUGAACGUCGUCAACCAAUUAAACAUGCUGACAAUUUGAAGCCCGAAGGAGAGUUCGAAAAGCGGCCUGAACAGAAAGCUCCAACACGAGGAGAGCGAGCUGAUGUAAAAAGACCGCAGGAUAACUUGAAACCAGAAGGUGAUUUUGACCGUCCACACCACGAGUCUGUAGGUCCUGCUGAACGUCGUCAACCAAUCAAACAUGCUGACCAUCUUAAACCCGAAGGAGAGUUCGAAAUGCGGCCUGACCAGAAAGCUCCAACACGAGGAGAGCGAGCUGAUGUGAAAAGACCGCAGGAUAACUUGAAACCCGAAGGUGAUUUUGAUCGUCCACACCACGAGCCUGUAGGUCCUGCUGAGCGUCGUCAACCAAUCAAACAUGCUGACCAUCUUAAACCCGAAGGAGAGUUCGAAAAGCGGCCUGAACAGAAAGCUCCAACACGAGGAGAGCGAGCUGAUGUAAAGAGACCGCAGGAUAACUUGAAACCCGAAGGUGAUUUUGACCGUCCACACCACGAGCCUGUAGGUCCUGCUGAACGUCGUCAACCAAUCAAACAUGCUGACCAUCUUAAACCCGAAGGAGAGUUCGAAAAGCGGCCUGAACAGAAAGCUCCAACACGAGGAGAGCGAGCUGAUGUAAUAAAACCGCAGGAUAACUUGAAACCCGAAGGUGAUUUUGACCGUCCACACCACGAGCCUGUAGGUCCUGCUGAACGUCGUCAACCGAUCAAACAUGCUGACAAUUUGAAGCCUGAAGGAGAGUUCGAAAAGCGGCCUAAACAGAAAGCUCCAACACGAGGAGAGCGAGCUGAUGUAAAAAGACCGCAGGAUAACUUGAAACCCGAAGGUGAUUUUGACCGUCCACACCACGAGCCUGUAGGUCCUGCUGAACGUCGUCAACCAAUUAAACAUGCUGACAAUUUGAAGCCCGAAGGAGAGUUCGAAAAGCGGCCUGAACAGAAAGCUCCAACACGAGGAGAGCGAGCUGAUGUAAAAAGACCGCAGGAUAACUUGAAACCCGAAGGUGAUUUUGACCGUCCACACCACGAGCCUGUAGGUCCUGCUGAACGUCGUCAACCAAUCAAACAUGCUGACCAUCUUAAACCCGAAGGAGGGUUCGAAAAGCGGCCUGAACAGAAAGCUCCAACACGAGGAGAGCGAGCUGAUGUAAAAAGACCGCAGGAUAACUUGAAACCCGAAGGUGAUUUUGACCGUCCACACCACGAGCCUGUAGGUCCUGCUGAACGUCGUCAACCGAUCAAACAUACUGACAAUUUGAAGCCCGAAGGAGAGUUCGAAAAGCGGCCUGAAAAGAAAGCUCCAACACGAGGAGAGCGAGCUGAUGUAAAAAGACCGCAGGAUAACUUGAAACCAGAAGGUGAUUUUGACCGUCCACACCACGAGCCUGUAGGUCCUGCUGAACGUCGUCAACCAAUCAAACAUGCUGACCAUCUUAAACCCGAAGGAGAGUUCGAAAAGCGGCCUGAACAGAAAGCUCCAACACGAGGAGAGCGAGCUGAUGUAAAAAGACCGCAGGAUAACUUGAAACCAGAAGGUGAUUUUGACCGUCCACACCACGAGCCUGUAGGUCCUGCUGAACGUCGUCAACCGAUCAAACAUGCUGACAAUUUGAAGCCCGAAGGAGAGUUCGAAAAGCGGCCUGAACAGAAAGCUCCAACACGAGGAGAGCGAGCUAAUGUGAAAAGACCGCAGGAUAACUUGAAACCAGAAGGUGAUUUUGACCGUCCACACCACGAGCCUGUAGGUCCUGCUGAACGUCGUCAACCGAUCAAACAUGCCGACAAUUUGAAGCCCGAAGGAGAGUUCGAAAAGCGGCCUGAACAGAAAGCUCCAACACGAGGAGAGCGAGCUGAUGUAAAGAGACCGCAGGAUAACUUGAAACCCGAAGGUGAUUUUGACCGUCCACACCACGAGCCUGUAGGUCCUGCUGAACGUCGUCAACCAAUUAAACAUGCUGACAAUUUGAAGCCCGAAGGAGAGUUCGAAAAGCGGCCUGAACAGAAAGCUCCAACACGAGGAGAGCGAGCUGAUGUAAAAAGACCGCAGGAUAACUUGAAACCAGAAGGUGAUUUUGACCGUCCACACCACGAGUCUGUAGGUCCUGCUGAACGUCGUCAACCAAUCAAACAUGCUGACCAUCUUAAACCCGAAGGAGAGUUCGAAAUGCGGCCUGACCAGAAAGCUCCAACACGAGGAGAGCGAGCUGAUGUGAAAAGACCGCAGGAUAACUUGAAACCCGAAGGUGAUUUUGAUCGUCCACACCACGAGCCUGUAGGUCCUGCUGAGCGUCGUCAACCAAUCAAACAUGCUGACCAUCUUAAACCCGAAGGAGAGUUCGAAAAGCGGCCUGAACAGAAAGCUCCAACACGAGGAGAGCGAGCUGAUGUAAAGAGACCGCAGGAUAACUUGAAACCCGAAGGUGAUUUUGACCGUCCACACCACGAGCCUGUAGGUCCUGCUGAACGUCGUCAACCAAUCAAACAUGCUGACCAUCUUAAACCCGAAGGAGAGUUCGAAAAGCGGCCUGAACAGAAAGCUCCAACACGAGGAGAGCGAGCUGAUGUAAUAAAACCGCAGGAUAACUUGAAACCCGAAGGUGAUUUUGACCGUCCACACCACGAGCCUGUAGGUCCUGCUGAACGUCGUCAACCGAUCAAACAUGCUGACAAUUUGAAGCCUGAAGGAGAGUUCGAAAAGCGGCCUAAACAGAAAGCUCCAACACGAGGAGAGCGAGCUGAUGUAAAAAGACCGCAGGAUAACUUGAAACCCGAAGGUGAUUUUGACCGUCCACACCACGAGCCUGUAGGUCCUGCUGAACGUCGUCAACCAAUUAAACAUGCUGACAAUUUGAAGCCCGAAGGAGAGUUCGAAAAGCGGCCUGAACAGAAAGCUCCAACACGAGGAGAGCGAGCUGAUGUAAAAAGACCGCAGGAUAACUUGAAACCAGAAGGUGAUUUUGACCGUCCACACCACGAGUCUGUAGGUCCUGCUGAACGUCGUCAACCAAUCAAACAUGCUGACCAUCUUAAACCCGAAGGAGAGUUCGAAAUGCGGCCUGACCAGAAAGCUCCAACACGAGGAGAGCGAGCUGAUGUGAAAAGACCGCAGGAUAACUUGAAACCCGAAGGUGAUUUUGAUCGUCCACACCACGAGCCUGUAGGUCCUGCUGAGCGUCGUCAACCAAUCAAACAUGCUGACCAUCUUAAACCCGAAGGAGAGUUCGAAAAGAGGCCUAAACAGAAAGCUCCAACCCGAGGUGAGCGAGCUGAUGUAAUAAAACCGCAGGAUAACUUGAAGCCUGAAGGUGAUUUUGACCGUCCACUCCACGAGCCUGUAGGUCCUGCUGAACGUCGUCAACCGAUCAAACAUGCUGACCAUCUUAAACCCGAAGGAGAGUUCGAAAAGCGGCCUGAACAGAAAGCUCCAACACGAGGAGAGCGAGCUGAUGUAAUAAGACCGCGGGAUAACUUGAAACCCGAAGGUGAUUUUGACCGUCCACACCACGAGCCUGUAGGUCCUGCUGAACGUCGUCAACCAAUCAAACAUGCUGACAAUUUGAAUCGUGGAGAAAUAAUAAAUUACGGUCACUCCCAAUGUUCCAUGAGGCAAACUGCAAACUACAGUACAUCACGAUCUGAAACUAUAGUCGAUUUCAGCACACAACGUCAUGGCGUCAAUCUUGGAGAAGACAAUAUACUCCUAUGCAGUAACAAUGAAUCCGUCCCUAAUGAACAUAUACACAUUGAUAUAACCAAUCGAAGUCUUAAAGAAUUCACGAGCGUUAAUGAAUUAGCGAUUGAUAGUUGUAGUAGACAUGUUGACGAUGCUUACACAAAAGUUAUCGAAGAAAUAAAUUCGGUGAAUCAGAGAACCAUUUCAGAACGCACAUCGUCAGCGAUAGACUGCACAAUGCACGUAAAAUCACAAAACAACUUACGGCGUGUGAAAGAUCUUGAUCGUGAGCAUUAUGAAAUAAUGGGUCCUGCAGAACGUCGUCAACCGAUCAAACAUGCCGACAAUUUGAAGCCCGAAGGAGAGUUCGAAAAGCGGCCUGAACAGAAAGCUCCAACACGAGGAGAGCGAGCUGAUGUAAUAAGACCGCAGGAUAACUUGAAGCCUGAAGGUGAUUUUGACCGUCCACACCACGAGCCUGUAGGUCCUGCUGAACGUCGUCAACCGAUCAAACAUGCUGACCAUCUUAAACUCGGAGGAGAGUUCGAAAAGCGGCCUGAACAGAAAGCUCCAACACGAGAAGAGCGAGCUGAUGUAAAAAGACCGCAGGAUAACUUGAAACCCGAAGGUGAUUUUGACCGUCCACACCACGAGCCUGUAGGUCCUGCUGAACGUCGUCAACCAAUCAAACAUGCCGACCAUCUUAAACCCGAAGGAGAGUUCGAAAAGCGGCCUGAACAGAAAGCUCCAACACGAGGUGAGCGAGCUGAUGUAAAAAGACCGCAGGAUAACUUGAAACCCGAAGGUGAUUUUGACCGUCCACACCACGAGCCUGUAGGUCCUGCUGAAGGUCGUCAACCGAUCAAACAUGCUGACCAUCUUAAACUCGAAGGAGAGUUCGAAAAGCGGCCUGAACAGAAAGCUCCAACACGAGGAGAGCGAGCUGAUGUAAUAAAACCGCAGGAUAACUUGAAACCCGAAGGUGAUUUUGACCGUCCACACCACGAGCCUGUAGGUCCUGCUAAACGUCGUCAACCGAUCAAACAUGCUGACAAUUUGAAGCCCGAAGGAGAGUUCGAAAAGCGGCCUAAACAGAAAGCUCCAACACGAGGAGAGCGAGCUGAUGUAAAAAGACCGCAGGAUAACUUGAAACCCGAAGGUGAUUUUGACCGUCCACACCACGAGCCUGUAGGUCCUGCUGAACGUCGUCAACCGAUCAAACAUGCUGACAAUUUGAAACCCGAAGGAGAGUUCGAAAAGCGGCCUGAACAGAAAGCUCCAACACGAAGAGAGCGAGCUGAUGUAAAGAGACCGCAGGAUAACUUGAAACCCGAAGGUGAUUUUGACCGUCCACACCACGAGCCUGUAGGUCCUGCUGAACGUCGUCAACCGAUCAAACAUGCCGACAAUUUGAAGCCCGAAGGAGAGUUCGAAAAGCGGCCUGAACAGAAAGCUCCAACCCGAGGUGAGCGAGCUGAUGUAAAGAGACCACAAGAUAACUUGAAGCCUGAAGGUGAUUUUGACCGUCCACACCACGAGCCUGUAGGUCCUGCUGAACGUCGUCAACCGAUCAAACAUGCUGACAAUUUGAAGCCCGAAGGAGAGUUCGAAAAGCGGCCUAAACAGAAAGCUCCAACACGAGGAGAGCGAGCUGAUGUAAAGAGACCGCAGGAUAACUUGAAACCCGAAGGUGAUUUUGACCGUCCACACCACGAGCCUGUAGGUCCUGCUGAACGUCGUCAACCGAUCAAACAUGCCGACAAUUUGAAGCCCGAAGGAGAGUUCGAAAAGCGGCCUGAACAGAAAGCUCCAACCCGAGGUGAGCGAGCUGAUGUAAAAAGACCGCAGGAUAACUUGAAGCCUGAAGGUGAUUUUGACCGUCCACACCACGAGCCUGUAGGUCCUGCUGAACGUCGUCAACCGAUCAAACAUGCUGACAAUUUGAAGCCCGAAGGAGAGUUCGAAAAGCGGCCUAAACAGAAAGCUCCAACACGAGGAGAGCGAGCUGAUGUAAAGAGACCGCAGGAUAACUUGAAACCCGAAGGUGGUUUUGACCGUCCACACCACGAGCCUGUAGGUCCUGCUGAACGUCGUCAACCGAUCAAACAUGCCGACAAUUUGAAGCCCGAAGGAGAGUUCGAAAAGCGGCCUGAACAGAAAGCUCCAACCCGAGGUGAGCGAGCUGAUGUAAAGAGACCACAAGAUAACUUGAAGCCUGAAGGUGAUUUUGACCGUCCACACCACGAGCCUGUAGGUCCUGCUGAACGUCGUCAACCAAUCAAACAUGCUAACAAUUUGAAGCCCGAAGAAGAGUUCGAAAAGCGGCCUAAACAGAAAGCUCCAACACGAGGAGAGCGAGCUGAUGUAAUAAGACCGCAGGAUAACUUGAAGCCUGAAGGUGAUUUUGACCGUCCACACCACGAGCCUGUAGGUCCUGCUGAACGUCGUCAACCGAUCAAACAUGCUGACAAUUUGAAGCCCGAAGGAGAGUUCGAAAAGCGGCCUAAACAGAAAGCUCCAACACGAGGAGAGCGAGCUGAUGUAAAGAGACCGCAGGAUAACUUGAAACCCGAAGGUGGUUUUGACCGUCCACACCACGAGCCUGUAGGUCCUGCUGAACGUCGUCAACCGAUCAAACAUGCUGACCAUCUUAAACUCGGAGGAGAGUUCGAAAAGCGGCCUGAACAGAAAGCUCCAACACGAGGAGAGCGAGCUGAUGUAAAAAGACCGCAGGAUAACUUGAAACCCGAAGGUGAUUUUGACCGUCCACACCACAAGCCUGUAGGUCCUGCUGAACGUCGUCAACCAAUCAAACAUGCCGACCAUCUUAAACCCGAAGGAGAGUUCGAAAAGCGGCCUGAACAGAAAGCUCCAACACGAGGAGAGCGAGCUGAUGUAAAGAGACCGCAGGAUAACUUGAAACCCGAAGGUGAUUUUGACCGUCCACACCACGAGCCUGUAGGUCCUGCUGAACGUCGUCAACCGAUCAAACAUGCUGACCAUCUUAAACUCGAAGGAGAGUUCGAAAAGCGGCCUGAACAGAAAUCUCCAACACGAGGUGAGCGAGCUGAUGUAAAGAGACCACAAGAUAACUUGAAGCCUGAAGGUGAUUUUGACCGUCCACACCACGAGCCUGUAGGUCCUGCUGAACGUCGUCAACCGAUCAAACAUGCUGACAAUUUGAAGCCCGAAGGAGAGUUCGAAAAGCGGCCUAAACAGAAAGCUCCAACACGAGGGGAGCGAGCUGAUGUAAAAAGACCGCAGGAUAACUUGAAACCCGAAGGUGAUUUUGACCGUCCACACCACGAGCCUGUAGGUCCUGCUGAACGUCGUCAACCGAUCAAACAUGCUGACAAUUUGAAGCCCGAAGGAGAGUUCGAAAAGCGGCCUGACCAGAAAGCUCCAACACGAGGAGAGCGAGCUGAUGUAAUAAGACCGCGGGAUAACUUGAAACCCGAAGGUGAUUUUGACCGUCCACACCACGAGCCUGUAGGUCCUGCUGAACGUCGUCAACCGAUCAAACAUGCCGACCAUCUUAAACCCGAAGGAGAGUUCGAAAAGCGGCCUGAACAGAAAGCUCCAACCCGAGGUGAGCGAGCUGAUGUAAAAAGACCACAAGAUAACUUGAAGCCUGAAGGUGAUUUUGACCGUCCACACCACGAGCCUGUAGGUCCUGCUGAACGUCGUCAACCAAUCAAACAUGCUGACAAUUUGAAGCCCGAAGGAGAGUUCGAAAAGCGGCCUAAACAGAAAGCUCCAACACGAGGAGAGCGAGCUGAUGUAAUAAAACCGCAGGAUAACUUGAAACCCGAAGGUGAUUUUGACCGUCCACACCACGAGCCUGUAGGUCCUGCUGAACGUCGUCAACCGAUCAAACAUGCCGACCAUCUUAAACCCGAAGGAGAGUUCGAAAAGCGGCCUGAACAGAAAGCUCCAACCCGAGGUGAGCGAGCUGAUGUAAAAAGACCACAAGAUAACUUGAAGCCUGAAGGUGAUUUUGACCGUCCACACCACGAGCCUGUAGGUCCUGCUGAACGUCGUCAACCAAUCAAACAUGCUGACAAUUUGAAGCCCGAAGGAGAGUUCGAAAAGCGGCCUAAACAGAAAGCUCCAACACGAGGAGAGCGAGCUGAUGUAAUAAGACCGCGGGAUAACUUGAAACCCGAAGGUGAUUUUGACCGUCCACACCACGAGCCUGUAGGUCCUGCUGAACGUCGUCAACCAAUCAAACAUGCUGACAAUUUGAAUCGUGGAGAAAUAAUAAAUUACGGUCACUCACAAUGUUCCAUGAGGCAAACUGCAAACUACAGUACAUCACGAUCUGAAACUAUAGUCGAUUUCAGCACACAACGUCAUGGCGUCAAUCUUGGAGAAGACAAUAUACUCCUAUGCAGUAACAAUGAAUCCGUCCCUAAUGAACAUAUACACAUUGAUAUAACCAAUCGAAAUCUUAAAGAAUUCACGAGCGUUAAUGAAUUAGCGAUUGAUAGUUGUAGUAGACAUGUUGACGAUGCUUGCACACAAGUUAUCGAAAAAAUAAAUUCGGUGAAUCAGAGAACCAUUUCAGAACGCACAUCGUCAGCGAUAGACUGCACAAUGCACGUAAAAUCACAAAACAACUUACGGCGUGUAAAAGAUCUUGAUUGUAAGCAUUAUGAAAUAAUGGGUCCUGCUGAACGUCGUCAACCAAUUAAACAUGCUGACAAUUUGAAGCCCGAAGGAGAGUUCGAAAAGCGGCCUGAACAGAAAGCUCCAACACGAGGAGAGCGAGCUGAUGUAAUAAAACCGCAGGAUAACUUGAAACCCGAAGGUGAUUUUGACCGUCCACACCACGAGCCUGUAGGUCCUGCUGAAUGUCGUCAACCGAUCAAACAUGCUGACCAUCUUAAACUCGAAGGAGAGUUCGAAAAGCGGCCUGAACAGAAAGCUCCAACACGAGGAGAGCGAGCUGAUGUAAUAAAACCGCAGGAUAACUUGAAACCCGAAGGUGAUUUUGACCGUCCACACCACGAGCCUGUAGGUCCUGCUGAACGUCGUCAACCGAUCAAACAUGCUGACAAUUUGAAGCCCGAAGGAGAGUUCGAAAAGCGGCCUGACCAGAAAGCUCCAACACGAGGAGAGCGAGCUGAUGUAAUAAGACCGCGGGAUAACUUGAAACCCGAAGGUGAUUUUGACCGUCCACACCACGAGCCUGUAGGUCCUGCUGAACGUCGUCAACCGAUCAAACAUGCCGACCAUCUUAAACCCGAAGGAGAGUUCGAAAAGCGGCCUGAACAGAAAGCUCCAACCCGAGGUGAGCGAGCUGAUGUAAAAAGACCACAAGAUAACUUGAAGCCUGAAGGUGAUUUUGACCGUCCACACCACGAGCCUGUAGGUCCUGCUGAACGUCGUCAACCAAUCAAACAUGCUGACAAUUUGAAGCCCGAAGGAGAGUUCGAAAAGCGGCCUAAACAGAAAGCUCCAACACGAGGAGAGCGAGCUGAUGUAAAGAGACCGCAGGAUAACUUGAAACCCGAAGGUGAUUUUGACCGUCCACACCACGAGCCUGUAGGUCCUGCUGAACGUCGUCAACCGAUCAAACAUGCCGACCAUCUUAAACCCGAAGGAGAGUUCGAAAAGCGGCCUGAACAGAAAGCUCCAACCCGAGGUGAGCGAGCUGAUGUAAAAAGACCACAAGAUAACUUGAAGCCUGAAGGUGAUUUUGACCGUCCACACCACGAGCCUGUAGGUCCUGCUGAACGUCGUCAACCGAUCAAACAUGCUGACAAUUUGAAGCCCGAAGGAGAGUUCGAAAAGCGGCCUGACCAGAAAGCUCCAACACGAGGAGAGCGAGCUGAUGUAAUAAGACCGCGGGAUAACUUGAAACCCGAAGGUGAUUUUGACCGUCCACACCACGAGCCUGUAGGUCCUGCUGAACGUCGUCAACCGAUCAAACAUGCCGACCAUCUUAAACCCGAAGGAGAGUUCGAAAAGCGGCCUGAACAGAAAGCUCCAACCCGAGGUGAGCGAGCUGAUGUAAAAAGACCACAAGAUAACUUGAAGCCUGAAGGUGAUUUUGACCGUCCACACCACGAGCCUGUAGGUCCUGCUGAACGUCGUCAACCGAUCAAACAUGCUGACAAUUUGAAGCCCGAAGGAGAGUUCGAAAAGCGGCCUGAACAGAAAGCUCCAACACGAGGAGAGCGAGCUGAUGUAAUAAAACCGCAGGAUAACUUGAAACCCGAAGGUGAUUUUGACCGUCCACACCACGAGCCUGUAGGUCCUGCUGAACGUCGUCAACCGAUCAAACAUGCUGACAAUUUGAAGCCCGAAGGAGAGUUCGAAAAGCGGCCUAAACAGAAAGCUCCAACACGAGGAGAGCGAGCUGAUGUAAUAAGACCGCGGGAUAACUUGAAACCCGAAGGUGAUUUUGACCGUCCACACCACGAGCCUGUAGGUCCUGCUGAACGUCGUCAACCGAUCAAACAUGCCGACCAUCUUAAACCCGAAGGAGAGUUCGAAAAGCGGCCUGAACAGAAAGCUCCAACCCGAGGUGAGCGAGCUGAUGUAAAAAGACCACAAGAUAACUUGAAGCCUGAAGGUGAUUUUGACCGUCCACACCACGAGCCUGUAGGUCCUGCUGAACGUCGUCAACCAAUCAAACAUGCUGACAAUUUGAAGCCCGAAGGAGAGUUCGAAAAGCGGCCUAAACAGAAAGCUCCAACACGAGGAGAGCGAGCUGAUGUAAAGAGACCGCAGGAUAACUUGAAACCCGAAGGUGAUUUUGACCGUCCACACCACGAGCCUGUAGGUCCUGCUGAACGUCGUCAACCGAUCAAACAUGCCGACCAUCUUAAACCCGAAGGAGAGUUCGAAAAGCGGCCUGAACAGAAAGCUCCAACCCGAGGUGAGCGAGCUGAUGUAAAAAGACCACAAGAUAACUUGAAGCCUGAAGGUGAUUUUGACCGUCCACACCACGAGCCUGUAGGUCCUGCUGAACGUCGUCAACCGAUCAAACAUGCUGACAAUUUGAAGCCCGAAGGAGAGUUCGAAAAGCGGCCUAAACAGAAAGCUUCAACACGAGGAGAGCGAGCUGACGUAAUAAGACCGCAGGAUAACUUGAAACCCGAAGGUGAUUUUGACCGUCCACACCACGAGCCUGUAGGUCCUGCUGAACGUCGUCAACCAAUCAAACAUGCCGACCAUCUUAAACCCGAAGGAGAGUUCGAAAAGCGGCCUGAACAGAAAGCUCCAACACGAGGAGAGCGAGCUGAUGUAAUAAAACCGCAGGAUAACUUGAAACCCGAAGGUGAUUUUGACCGUCCACACCACGAGCCUGUAGGUCCUGCUGAACGUCGUCAACCGAUCAAACAUGCUGACAAUUUGAAGCCCGAAGGAGAGUUCGAAAAGCGGCCUGACCAGAAAGCUCCAACACGAGGAGAGCGAGCUGAUGUAAAGAGACCGCGGGAUAACUUGAAACCCGAAGGUGAUUUUGACCGUCCACACCACGAGCCUGUAGGUCCUGCUGAACGUCGUCAACCGAUCAAACAUGCCGACCAUCUUAAACCCGAAGGAGAGUUCGAAAAGCGGCCUGAACAGAAAGCUCCAACCCGAGGUGAGCGAGCUGAUGUAAAGAGACCACAAGAUAACUUGAAGCCUGAAGGUGAUUUUGACCGUCCACACCACGAGCCUGUAGGUCCUGCUGAACGUCGUCAACCAAUCAAACAUGCUGACAAUUUGAAUCGUGGAGAAAUAAUAAAUUACGGUCACUCUCAAUGUUCCAUGAGGCAAACUGCAAACUACAGUACAUCACGAUCUGAAACUAUAGUCGAUUUCAGCACACAACGUCAUGGCGUCAAUCUUGGAGAAGACAAUAUACUCCUAUGCAGUAACAAUGAAUCCGUCCCUAAUGAACAUAUACACAUUGAUAUAACCAAUCGAAAUCUUAAAGAAUUCACGAGCGUUAAUGAAUUAGCGAUUGAUAGUUGUAGUAGCCAUGUUGACGAUGCUUACACAAAAGUUAUCGAAGAAAUAAAUUCGGUGAAUCAGAGAACCAUUUCAGAACGCACAUCGUCAGCGAUAGACUGCACAAUGCACGUAAAAUCACAAAACAACUUACGGCGUGUAAAAGAUCUUGAUCGUAAGCAUUAUGAAAUAAUGGGUCCUGCUGAACGUCGUCAACCAAUUAAACAUGCUGACAAUUUGAAGCCCGAAGGAGAGUUCGAAAAGCGGCCUGAACAGAAAGCUCCAACACGAGGAGAGCGAGCUGAUGUAAAAAGACCGCAGGAUAACUUGAAACCCGAAGGUGAUUUUGACCGUCCACACCACGAGCCUGUAGGUCCUGCUGAACGUCGUCAACCGAUCAAACAUGCUGACCAUCUUAAACUCGGAGGAGAGUUCGAAAAGCGGCCUGAACAGAAAUCUCCAAUCCGAGGAGAGCGAGCUGAUGUAAAGAGACCACAAGAUAACUUGAAGCCUGAAGGUGAUUUUGACCGUCCACACCACGAGCCUGUAGGUCCUGCUGAACGUCGUCAACUAAUCAAACAUGCUGACCAUCUUAAACCCGAAGGAGAGUUCGAAAAGCGGCCUAAACAGAAAGCUCCAACACGAGGAGAGCGAGCUGAUGUAAUAAGACCGCAGGAUAACUUGAAACCCGAAGGUGAUUUUGAUCGUCCACACCACGAGCCUGUAGGUCCUGCUGAACGUCGUCAACCGAUCAAACAUGCCGACCAUCUUAAACCUGAAGGAGAGUUCGAAAAGAGGCCUAAACAGAAAGCUCCAACACGAGGAGAGCGAGUUGAUGUGAAAAGACCGCAGGAUAACUUGAAACCAGAAGGUGAUUUUGACCGUCCACACCACGAGCCUGUAGGUCCUGCUGAACGUCGUCAACCGAUCAAACAUGCCGACCAUCUUAAACCCGAAGGAGAGUUCGAAAAGCGGCCUCAACAGAAAUCUCAAACACGAGGUGAGCGAGCUAAUGUAAAAAGACCGCAGGAUAACCUAAUACUGGAAGGCCAGUUCUAUUUUGAGCGUUCCCAGUGUCUGCCUAAUUCUAUAGCCGAUCGGUUGUGCUCAAAUGCUUUGCCGAACAAGCAAUUGUUUAGCACAACGGCGAGUUGUUAUCAGAAACAUAGACAUGAUUCAUGUGCAAAUAAUCAGAAUCAUUUGCACGUUAAGUAUUUGAAAUCAAGUGCUUUGGGGCCAGUCAAUGAGUGUUCUUCUAGUUGUCGCGAUUCCCGGUCUGUUGCUCGCCAAAUGGGCGUUGUCAAUGAUGUGCAAUUGUCUACGCCCCGAACAUUGGUUCACAAUUCAUCUAAUGUUGAAGCCGAUUAUCAGCAGCUAAGUCGUAAUUCCGAUAAGCUCCAAAGAGCCUCUUCUGAAGGGUUCAAAGCACAAACUUCUUUUAAACGAAGUGUUCAAUGUUCUGGCGUUGAAGAACCAUUGGAUAAUUCGAAAUAUCAGGGAUAUUACGGUUCUAGUGCCCAUGUUUCUACUAGUAAUAGUUCUUCAGAUGUUAAAGGAUCCUCUGUAGUCUCUUCUAAACGCUUUUGUUAUUUACAUGAAAAUCGUUCCGGGUCCUCGAAGCAAGUUGUUCCUCUGAACGAUCAUUGCUCACGAACACCCGAGAGGAAUCUUAGACAAUCAUUGCCUUCUGUGUAUGAAUCUGACUUCUUUCAGCGUUCAAAUUUUUCUGAAAAUAGAAAACUAUCUUUCGAACAGAAUGACCUUACGAAUCGAGAAAAAUGUCCUAUAUCAAAUUUUCCAAAGGAGAAAGAGCGUCAAGAUAUUCGACUGGUGUCUUCGCAAAGUUGUAGAAGUUCAUCACCAAGUCAAACAAAGUUUGACUAUACAAAAACAAUCGAUGAACAACGGUUGUUGGAAAAAGUUCAUCGUAAUACCGAUGUGAUAAAAUCUCAUCAUAGAAAAAAUAUUAUUUCUUCUUCGUCAACGGAUAUUAGUAAUGCAAUAUUACAUCGCCGUAAUGUUAUGUCUUCCACCGAGGCUUAUCAUACUAUUUCUUCAACAGCUGCUGAUCAAAAAAAAAGUAUUUCAAGUCUCACCGAAACUGGACAGUAUAUUAGUAAUUCGACACAGAGUUUACAUCGGCGUAGUCUUAGUUCUCUUCACCGUAGCAGUAAAGAAAGUAAUUCAUCGGCAUCCUCUGUGACUGGUAGAACACAAAAAUUGAUACAAAAAGAUAAUUUUUCAGCUUGUAGGGAUAAAGUUUAUGCUUGUACUGAAGCUAACAGUUACGGCAAUUUUAGUCGUCAAAAAGUUGAACGAGUACAUAGACAUGCCAAUGAAUCUCAUAUUAAUCUUGGAGAAGAUAUUGUUGAAGCUUCUAGUAUGUAUAAAAAAGAGUUCAUACCGAAAGUAAAGGGCCCUUGUCCUGUUGCUCUUAUUGAAGCUAAAAAAGCACCAUUUAAACAUACUAGAGAUACAUCAAAACAUAAGUUUUACAUUCCCGUAGUGUCGAGUUGAUCAUACUAUUUUUCCUACGUAAAACGGAUUGGGAUUUUUUAAAAACAUCGACUUAUGUGUUUUUGUGGUGGGUAUUUACACAUAAAUUGAAUUAUUGUCCCCUGAACAAUGUGCCAUUCUUCUUUCAACGAGUGAGGGUAAAAUUGUCGUUUUGAUCAAACUAAUUUAUGAAUUCUAUUUCUGAUGACGUUUAUCGCCUUCAAAAGAAUACUUAUUGACUUGUUUAUAUAGAAUUCCUUCCAAUUUGAAGCUAAGUCACCCAGUUAAUAAGUAUGCAGUAAAAUUUAAGUCCUCAAAAAUUCCAGUUUUGCUUAUGAAUUUUAGAUAUUCCAAAAUAAAUGAAAGAAUAAAGCGAAUCAAAGUAAAAUAUCUACGAUCUCAUCUUGUUUUCAUUAAUUUUCAAUUGUUAUGAGUUGAAUAAUUACUAAAUGACUACAUCUUGAUUUUAUUAUUUGCUGUAAAUGAUUUAUACUCACAAAUUCAUGUUUAAAUUGUUCCAAUCCAAGAAUUUACGAUUCAUCGCUACUUAGUGAUUUUUUAUAAAUUAUCAUAAAAAUGAGAAUAUUUAUCUAUUUCAUUUUAUUUUUAGAAGUCUUUUAUAGAUUCCAUCAUUUUAGAAUUUUUUUAGGUUUCUGUAUGCUUCUACAAGAAAUUACUAAUUUUUUUUUAAUUUCAUUUAUUAUGAUGUCAUUGGUUAAAUAUUCUAAUGUAUAGAACAAAUGAAAAUGUGUU